CCUUCCUGAGCCGCCGGAGCGCCGUCCCCGCGUCCCUGCGACUGCGAGCGUCGCUGCCUCCUCCCGGAGCUCCACCGCCUCCCUCCCAGCGAGAGCGUCGGCGGCUCCUUCCCUCCGAGAACUAGGUGAGGAAUUCGGGAGGGGAUUGGGCGUAGGGAUCAACCCACUCUCUCCGGGUUGUUUCUGCCAAACGUCCGACGCCGUCUACGUCGUUCUAGGUUUCCCUUCCAUCCCCACCCAAAUCCCCACAGCCGCUUCAGCCCGAGCUGAAGUUUUGGGUGCUUGCUACCCUCCCCGUCGUCCCCGACCACCGACCCCAGUCGCAGCCUCGGUGGAGGCGCGGAAUCAAACCGACUUGGGCUCGCAAAUUCUCGAUUCAUAGCGGCGAUGGGGCAGGAGGAGGAAGACGUCGACCACUACGAGGUGCUCUGCCUGCCCUCCGGCGAGGAGGGCGCGGCGCUUUCCCUCGAGCAGAUCGAGAAGGCCUACCGGACGCAGUCGCGGCUCCGCCACCCGGAUAAACGCCCCGACGACCCCAACGCCACCGCCGACUUCCAGCGGCUCGCGAGCUCGUAUAAACUCCUUCGGGACGAGUCCCUCCGCCGGCAGUUCGAUGCGCGCCUUCGCGGCCGACGCGAGGCGGCCGCCCGCGCCGCCGCCUCUGGCGUCAAGCGGCGGAAGGCCGUGUCCGACCUAGAGGAGCGCGAGCGCGCCUUCGCCGCGGGCCAGCCCGUCGACGCCACCGAGGCAGCUAGGCGCGAGGACAAGCGGAAGGCCGCUGACGUCAAGCGCGAGCUCGAGGAGUUCUUCGCUUCCAAGCAGUCCGCCGCUUCAGGCACUGCUUCCACUCCGGUGCAUGGAGCCCCACAAGAUGCACAAAAAACAGAUAAGGGUAAGAUUUUGAAGGUUUCAUGGGAAGGUGGUGCAGAUUAUUAUACUGCUGCAAAGCUGGAGGAGAUCUUUAAGCAAUUUGGCGAAGUUGAAGAUGUUGUGAUCAAAACAAGAAAAUCAAGGAGUAGGGGCUCAGCAAUUGUUGUCAUGUCCUCCAAAGAGGCUGCACGUUCAGCACUGCAAAACCAUUCUGUGUACAAUGUUUUCUCUGUCCCUUUAAUUGUUGUUCCUGUUGAAGAAUCAAGUGGUGUUCCAGCAAGGCCAACUCAAACACCUGAAACGAGGACAAGCAACAUUGGUGGAACUGGAUUCAGUGAUUUGGAAGCAUCAGUAUUCCGCAAACUUCAAGAGGCUCAGAAAAGGAAGCAAAGCGGCUAGCUAGGCGUAUGGUUGAAGCAUCAGCAGGACACUUCCUGCUAAAGAACACCUGAAGAUAGCUGGGACACUGCAGUCAGAAACUUGAACAAUUUUGUAGUUUGUGGCGAUCUUGUUGAUAAUCUGUCUCAUGCGGACGGUGAUGCUAGUUUUCAGGCAUUCACCACCAUGUAUGUUGUUCCAAUAGACCACAACAUUAGAAUUUCAAUUGUAUACUUCAAUAUUUGGUCAGGGAUAAGUGAGAUACGGACAUGUAGUUUUAUC